CCCAGCAGCCUGGCUAUUAAAGCUCUCCGCCUGCUGCCGGCAGGCGCCCCACUGCUCCCCACCGUUCUCCACUGCCGAGAUGAAGCUUCCAGACUGGUGCUGGCUGAGCUCAGCUGUCCUGGCUGCUUGCGGCUUGGUGGUGGUGGCAAACAACGAAACCGAGGAAAUUAGGGAUGGGAGGGCAAAGGACGCCUGCCCGGCGAUGCUGGAGAGCAGAGGGAAAUGCUCCUCGGCCGGCGAGUGUCCUUUCCAGGUGACCCUGCCCCCGCUGGCCAUUCAGCUGCCCCAGGAAUUCGGCAGAAUAGAGGAGGUGUUCAAAGAAGUCCAGACUCUCAAGGAAAUCGUCGACAGCCUCAAGAAAUCUUGCCAAGACUGUAAGUUGCAAGCUGAUGAUCACCGAGAUCCAGGACAUGGACUGGGGUCCCCUGGCACGGGAGCCCCGGGAGAGGCUGGGGACAAUAGAGUUGAAGAAUUGGAGAACGAGGUGAGCAAGCUGUCCUCCGAGCUGAAGACUGCAAAGGAGGAGCUCGACAUGCUGCAAGGUCGCCUGGAGAAACUGAAUCUUGUAAAUAUGAACAACAUAGAAACUUACGUCGACAGCAAAGUGGCCAAUCUCACAUCUGUGGUCAAUAGUUUGGACGGCAAAUGUUCAUCCAAGUGUCCCAGUCAAGAGCUAAUCCAGUCCCAGCCAGUUCAACAUCUAAUAUAUAAAGAUUGUUCUGACUACUACGUAAUAGGCAAAAGGAGCAGUGAGACCUACAGAGUUACCCCAGAUCCCAAAAACCGCAGCUUUGAGGUGUUCUGUGACAUGGAGACUAUGGGGGGAGGCUGGACCGUGCUGCAGGCUCGACUUGACGGGAGCACCAACUUCACCAGAACAUGGGAAGACUACAAAGCAGGCUUUGGAAACCUCCGGCGAGAGUUUUGGCUGGGAAAUGAUAAAAUUCAUCUUCUGACCAAGAGCAAGGAAAUGAUCUUGAGAGUCGAUCUUGAAGACUUUAAUGGUGUCAAACUGUAUGCCCUCUAUGAUCAGUUUUACGUGGCCAAUGAGUUUCUCAAAUACCGUUUACACAUUGGCAACUACAAUGGCACGGCUGGGGAUGCUUUGCGUUUCAAUAAGCAUUACAACCAUGAUCUGAAGUUUUUCACCACCCCAGAUAGAGACAAUGAUCGCUAUCCCUCUGGCAACUGUGGGCACUACUACAGUUCAGGGUGGUGGUUUGAUGCAUGCCUUUCUGCAAACUUAAAUGGCAAGUAUUACCACCAAAAGUACAAAGGUGUCCGUAAUGGGAUUUUCUGGGGCACUUGGCCUGGUAUGAAUGAGGCACAGCCUACUGGCUACAAGUCCUCUUUCAAAGAGGCCAAAAUGAUGAUCAGACCCAAGCACUUUAAGCCAUAAAUCACAAGUUCUCAUCUCUCCAGGCAUUUAUUAUCAAUAGGGCAACAGAUUCCUCAUCACUUUGGAAUAUGCUUUAUUUCCUAUUUCCUUUCUAUGACUAAAAAUUGUCUCGGAGUAGCAGACUCCUAGGCUAUACAGCUUUUGAAAAAUGUGCAUUUAAAAAGACUCCUUGGAAGCUAUUAUCCAAUGCAUGCAUGAAAGCAUUGAGAAUUAUUCAUUUUAUUUGUAAAUCCUUUUAAUUUCUAUUAAUUGAGUUCAUUAGUACGUGUACUACUUUCUAAAAUUAAAAAAAUGUUUAUUCAGUAAGAUAGAUUCUCAGAAGCAACUGCUACUAUGAUGUGUCUAGACAAGCACAUUUGAAAAGAUACUUUUAUUCUAUAAAUUAUUUGCAUAUCUAUCUCUAAAUAUGAAGAUUACUUCAUUCUGAGAUAAACUUACUCAAAUUUACAUUUGCAUUUACUUUGUAUCAAGAAAAUAUUACAGCAUUUUAGUUCCCAAACAAUGGAAAAUAUGCAUUAUUAACCUAUUUGUAGAAUAUUCAUUGAAUGUAGAAUUUGUCAUUAAACUUGGGUAUGGUCGUACAUGCCUAUAAUUCAACAAUAGGGAGGUUGAGGCAAGAGGAUUGUGAGUUUGAGGUCAGCCUGAGCUACACAGUGAGAUCUUCUCUCAAAAAACAAAACAAAAAAAAAACAAACAAGGUAUAACAUACCUCAAAAUGUAAUAGCCUAAUGUCACCCUCCAAACACUUAGAAAACAAUGGAAUUCACUUGCAGUGUGUAACUUGUUAAAUGCCGGAUAGCAAAAGUAUAAAGGUUGCUCAGUAUUGUGCUAGACUACUGAUAGACUUUCUUUUAGGGGGUAUAGGAAUGUGAAAGAGGAACCAUUUAUGUACACUUUGAAAGCCAUUUUUUAAAAUCUAAAGCAAUGAUAUUGUAGAGUAAUACAGUCAACAACUUAGCUUCAAAAGCACUUAUGUUUUCUAGAAUGAAUAAAUUUAUUUAUUAAAAACAUGAAUUUUGAAAUAUAUAUUAAACAUUUAACCCUAACUAGUGGAUCGCUUAUCUUGCUAUCAUAAAUUCACAAGUAUGUGUUUAUUUUUUAAGAGAGUGUCCAUUGAUUUUAAUAGGUUCUAGGUAUAAUUUGUGGGGAAGUUAACAAAUAAACAUCUAUGAAAAUACUCUGCAUGUUAUUUUAAAGGGUCACAAUUUUUAUACUUUUAUGACAUUUUUCUACUAAAUUAUUUAACACACAAAUUUCUUUUUGUAAUAAUUUCAUGUCAUUCACUAUAAAAUAUAUUGUAAGUUGAUCAUCUUUAACAUGUUGAUGGAAACAGAUUAUACCUGAUACUCCUUUACCUUAACAUGAUGAUCCAGUAAUACAUACUACUGUUAAUAAAUGUAGACUAUUUACAAAUGUA